CCGGUUCUGGGCUGUGUGGCGGUGAUGACGCAGCGCCCGCGCGUCGUGCGUUUCUUUCCACGUUGUGCCGGUGGAAAAGGAGACGUCGGCGCACCGCACUGCUGCUGCACAAGCCGGCGGUCGUGCACCGGCGCGGGGCGCAGUCGCUUUGACAAUCACCGUCUCGUGGUGGGAGUGUGGCCGUGACUGCGUGUAGCGGCGCUCGCAUCCCACGAUCACCAGCUUGGAAAUGAUGAAGAACGCGCAUCAUCACUUCCAGUGCCAAGUGCCUGCCGGGAAAGACACGGGCGCGACGGCCGGCGCUGCAGCCUGCAGCCCGGAGAAGAGGAGGCGAAGGAUCCGGGUGUGGUGUGACGGCUGCUAUGACAUGGUGCAUUACGGUCACUCCAACCAGCUGCGACAGGCCAAGACCAUGGGUGAUUACCUCAUCGUUGGAGUGCACACAGACAGUGAAAUUGCCAAGCACAAAGGGCCUCCGGUCUUCACUCAGGAAGAAAGGAUCAAGAUGGUUCGCGCCAUAAAAUGGGUGGAUGAGGUGGUGGAAGGAGCACCUUACGUCACUACCCUGGAGACCCUCAACAGAUACAACUGUGACUUCUGUGUGCAUGGAGAUGAUAUAACGUUAACAGUGGAUGGAAAGGAUACAUACGAAGAGGUGAAGAAAUCAGGACGUUACAGGGAGUGUAAGAGAACCCAGGGGGUUUCAACCACAGAUCUGGUUGGCAGAAUGCUGCUGAUGACGAAAGCACACCACAGUAACAUCGAUAGUUCAGACUAUCAGCAGCACACAGACAAUUUUGGAAAGAAGGGCCACAGUCCCUGGAUGGGGCUGUCUCAGUUCCUGCAGACUUCUCAGAAGAUCAUCCAGUUUGCAUCUGGACAGGAGCCUCAGCCUGGAGACACCAUCAUCUACGUGGCAGGAGCCUUUGACCUCUUCCAUGUUGGCCAUGUGGACUUCUUGGAAGAAGUACAUAAGCUUGUCGAAAAACCAUAUAUUAUCGUAGGACUACAUUUUGAUCAGGAGGUGAACCGAUACAAAGGCAAAAAUUACCCCAUCAUGAACGUUCAUGAGAGAACCCUCAGCGUCCUGGCAUGUCGAUACGUGUCAGAGGUGGUGAUUGGUGCACCGUUUGCAAUCACUAAAGAUUUGCUGGAGCAUUUCAAGGUGGAUCUCGUAUGCCACGGAAAGACGGAAAUAUAUCCAUACAGGGACGGACCCGACCCUUAUGCCGAGCCUAGAAGGAAAGGGAUCCUGCAUAUGGUUGACAGUGUGAACAACCUCACAACAGAAGCCAUUGUGCAGAGGAUAAUCAAAAACAGGUUGCUAUUCGAAGCAAGAAACCAGAAGAAGGAGGCCAAAGAGGUUGUUGUAUUCCAGGCCACGAGGGGACAGGAAGAAGAAAAGCCUAAAGAGCGAGCGCAGGCCGUGCUGCAGACAAGCCAUCAUAACUUUAAUUAAGCUCCCUCUGAACGUGUGUAUUAAAACCAAGCCCCUUCAUGUGCGUUGUUAACUCGUGAUGGGCCCAGCGUGGACUCUACUGUGUGUGGGGAAAAAGCCUGGAGCAAGACGUCACCACACCUUUGUCUCUUUUAUAUGGGGAUAUUUUUCCACUCUUUAUGACUGGGUUCAAGCACGUGAGAAAACGACAAACGUUUGAGGAUACAUUGCUGCUUUUCCCCCC